GUAGUGAUUAAAAAAUUAAAAUGCUCUUUGUGCAGUUGUUGUUGUCGUCGCUUUUGUGACAACAAAAGUCAUCAAACGUCAAAUGAGCAAAUAAAAAGUCAUCGCAAAUAUAAUGAAAGUUUACAUUACAACAAGAAUUGUUCAAUUUAUAAAACACCGUGUACAAUGCAGAUAAUGUUUAGGUGUAUUUAAUUCUAAAUAGUAAAUACUAAAAACAGUAAAAUUUAAAACUUAACCGUAUACACUCACAGUCAUAUUUUAUAAUGUCCACUCCGCCGCCACCGCAUCAACAGCGACGAUCAGCUGGAGAUAGUAAAAAAUCUACACCCCCUUCAACAAUAGUUACUAGAAAUGGAGCACGUAAAGCGAAGAUUCAAACACGGGCAAUGUCGGCCGCUGCAAAACCUUCUGCCUCAGUUGUUGCUGCCAAGAAGAAAGCUCAACAGAAAAAGAAACAAAUUGUUGAUACAGUAAUAAAAGAUCCCUAUCAAAUCGCAAUGGAGUCAAAAACAAAAGUAAAGGGACCCACUGGCUUUGUAACAGAGCCUCGUAUGGUGGAGCAUAGGUGCCUUUGGGAUGACAAUUACCCAGAAUGUCCAGAAAGAUUAAUAAGUGUUCUUGAUAGAUGUCGUGAAUUGAACCUCAUAGAACAAUGUAAACAAUUCCAACCACGAGCAGCAAGUAAAGAAGAGCUAAUUACUCUACAUUCACCUGAAGUUUAUGAAAUGUUGGAGAGCACACACCAAAACAACAACAUUGAGUUUUUAGAAGAACUUUCCUCAAAAUAUGAUGCCAUUUACAUUCAUCCCAGCACCCACGAAUUGGCACUGAUAGCGGCCGGGUCCACCAUCGACAUGGUGGAUCGUAUCGUGUCUGGGGAGGUGCAGAACGGCGCGGUUUUCGUGCGGCCGCCGGGACACCACGCGAUGCGCGCGGAGCCCUGCGGUUAUUGCUACUAUAAUAAUGUCGCACUUGCUGCUAAACACGCCAUCGAGCAUCGAGGCUUGACCCGAAUACUUAUUGUAGACUGGGAUGUGCAUCAUGGGCAAGCAACACAGCAGAUGUUUUAUGAUGAUAACAGGGUGGUAUACUUCUCGAUCCAUCGUUACGAACACGGUGCGUUCUGGCCGAACUUGCGACAGUCUGACUUCCACUACGUCGGGCGCGGUUUAGGCGCCGGAUACAACUUCAACGUGCCUCUCAACCGCACGGGAAUGACGGACGCGGACUAUCUUGCCAUAUGGCACCAACUUCUUCUGCCCAUGGCUUUGGAGUACCAACCGGAGCUGAUCAUAAUAUCGGCGGGCUACGACGCUGCCAUCGGCUGCCCAGAGGGUGAAAUGGAAGUGACUCCGGCGUGCUACGGGUCGUUGGUGCACAUGCUGAUGUGCGUGAGCGCGGCGGUGUGCGUGGUGCUGGAGGGCGGCUACUGCCUGCCGUCGCUGGCCGAGGCCGCGGCGCUCACGCUGCGCACGCUGUUGGGACACCCGCCACCCAUGCUCACUGCUACCCAGGAACCCAGCGAUUCAAUACGUGAUUCAAUACUAAACUGCAUCUACGCACACAAGCCAUACUGGCGAUGCUUCAACUUCCAACCCACGUACAGCAUUGAUUCGAUACCUAACGUGUGUGACGGAGAGAAACAGAAACAUACGGUCACGUUGAAGUGGGAGGGAGAUGAAACGAGGCCCGAAAAAUUCGCUACCAGAAAUUGCUAUCCUGUACAAGACGAUGAAACUAAAAGGAAGAUUUUGAAUAGGUUAAAUCAUUUAAGACUGGUGACAGAUCUGAGGCUGCCGCAACACCCCGUAUGCUACGUAUACGACGAAGCGAUGUUGAAGCAUAAGAACAUUUGCGAACCCGGGCACGUAGAAUGUCCAGAGCGAAUAAUGCGUAUACACGAGCGACACCGCGACUUCCAGCUGCUGGAGAGACUGCACCAGUUGCCCGCGAGGGCCGCCACUGACGAAGAAAUACUCACCGUACACACAGAAAAGCAUCUCAAUAGGCUCAAAGAGCUUGCUACAACUAAACUCCGUGACUUGAAUAGUUGGAAAGAGGCUUUCGAGUCUGUUUACUUCCAUCCCGAUUCAUUGGAAAGUGCCUCUGUGGCUAUGGGGUGCGUUUUACAGGUGGUGGAUGCGAUAGCUUCAAACACGGUGGGAUGCGGCGUGUGCGUGGUGCGGCCGCCGGGGCACCACGCGGACGAGGAGCUGCCGAGCGGCUUCUGCCUGCUCAACACCGCGGCCGCGGCCGCGCGCCACGCGCUGCACAUGCACCGCAUGCAGCGCGUGCUCCUCCUCGACUGGGACGUGCACCACGGCAACGGCACGCAGAGGAUCACCUAUGACGACCAUAAGAUAAUGUAUAUGUCGGUGCACCGGUACGACAACGGGUCAUUCUUCCCGCAGUCCCGCGACGCUAACUACGACGCCGUCGGGCGAGCACGUGGGGAGGGAUACAACAUCAACAUACCCUGGAAUAAGCGUGGAUUGGGUGACACGGAGUACAUGGCAGCGUUCACACAAGUGAUUCUACCGAUCGCCUACGAAUAUAACCCGGAGUUAGUCAUCGUGUCCGCUGGCUUCGAUGCCUGCGUUGGUGAUCCGUUGGGCGGUUGCAAAGUUUCACCAGAAUGCUAUGGAAGAAUGACUCACCUGCUUCGAGGUUUAGCUGGUGGAAGAAUUAUCCUUUGCCUAGAAGGGGGAUACAAUACCACCAGUAUAUCUUACGCAAUGACCAUGUGUACCAAAGCCCUUCUCGGCGACCCUAUACAAUACCAUUACGACCCUAAAGCAGUUUGCCACUGGUCUGCUAUAGAAUCAAUCAAUAAUGUUAUUAAAACCCAUAAAAAGUAUUGGAAAAGUUUGAAAUUCCAACUGGCCUUACCUAUAGAGAAUGUCCUAGGAGAACCACUGCCUUCUCGAGGUUUGGUUGCAGAUGAAUCUCACCACACAGAUUUACAGAAAGUAUCUAAGUUGUCAGCUUCAAGACCAUUGAAUGACUUAUCUAAUGACAGCUCUAAAUCAUUCAAUCAACUCGAUUCGUCUUUAGAAAAUGACAUGCUGAAUUUGAGUAUAGGAAAAACGAAAUGCUCUGAUGGUGUACAUUGUGGUACUGAUGAUGAAAACGAAGACUUGUCUAAACUGCCUAAUAAGAUCAGAGUAACUGAAGAGGGUCCAGGGUCUUCAAAGAAUGAGGUUGAUAAAGGAGGCUCUAGUAAAGAGGUAGAAGGAAAGAAAACUCUCGUAGAUUAUUUAUCGGAGAACAUGCAAGCUCUUAUCGAAGGCGAAAUGUUUGCAGUUGUACCUUUACAGUGGUGUCCACAUCUUGAUAGUCUAUUUGCGAUACCCCCAUCAGUUAAAUUUGAACAGGGAGUUAAAUGUGUGGACUGCGACGAGACGAAAGAGAAUUGGGUCUGUCUGCAUUGUUAUGUUACCGCCUGCGGCCGCAACAUAAACGGCCAUAUGCAAGCUCACUGUCGAACGACCGACCACGCCCUCGUAAUUUCUCUACUCGACCUUUCCGUAUGGUGCAAUGUAUGCGACGCUUAUGUAGAUAAUGCACUUUUGUACGAUGCGAAAAACAACGCUCACAAAUGCAAAUUCGGAGAGGAAAUGCCCUGGUGUUACCGGACUGAUAUACACAUGGAAUAAAUUUGCAAGAUUUUUAAUUGAAACGUUGUUACGUUCGAUAAUAAUGACCAACUAAUUAAAUAAUUAAAUAUUAACAUUCAUUUAAAUUGUCGUACACGUUAAUUUAUUUAACAAAGUUUAAAUUAUUCGCGGCCCGUGUGAACAGCUAUGGAAACCAUAUAAGCUGAUAAUUUUGCUAAUAUGGAGCAGAUAAUUCAAACUUUUUGAAAAGUUGAUAGUUGAAUAGCACGCCAAAUUAAUCAAAGUAAAAAAAAAAUAGUCAAGUAGGUCAGAAUUUCAAUGUGAUAUUAGCUGUGUUUCAUUUGUAAUAAAGUAGUUUGAUUGGCAACUCUGUAAUUAAGUAGUAAAACUUAAUCUUUAAGUAAUUUUAAAAGACUCAAACUUUAGUAGAUGUAGAUAUUUACACAAAAUAACGAAAUUUAAAUUGUAACAAUAUCAAACGAAUGUUUAAAAUGUUUAUGAAAGCUAACUUCACUAAUGUUAUAGUUUUAAUAUACUGAUAUAGGUACUAAGGAAUAAAAAUAACGCACAAAUGAGUCUGUUUUAUUAUUUUAUUCAUUAUUUCAUUUUAAAAUCGAUAGCAAUUGUCUGAAAAAUUUCCCGAAAUCAUAACACGGAAUUGAUCUACCGCUACUUUUGUUAAGUGUGAUUGUGGUUGACUGCUGUCGCAUCACAUCUUUAAAACGAAUGUAGAUUGUUUUGCAAUGGAUUGUUUAGAGGCUGUAACUUUACUUUUUAUUGUACUGUUUGAAAAUUUGUCCCCACAAAUUAUACUCUAAUAAUUCGCGCAGUACGCAGUUAAAAAAUUAUUAAUUAAUAAUGUUUUAGUUCCUGAAAGAACUAGAUAUUUUUGUAGACAAUAAUAUUGUCGUGUAAAUAUUUAUUAAUUUGCAUUGUGACUAUAAUUUAUAAUAUAUUGAUCUGAGUAAGCUUCUGGGCUUCAAAUACUUCAUAAUAAGUAUUAUGUAAUGCUACAUUUAUACUUUAGAACGAUUGAAGAGUAGGAUUUUCUAUGCAAAGAUUAUGGCAAUAUUUCAAAAUCAUUUGAAAUAAUGAAUAUAUCAUAUAUGAUUUCAUAGAUAAAUUUUAUUGUGAUCAGUAUUAACAAACUUGUAAUUAACCUGUAAUCAACAAUAUGUUAAAUUUUAUUCUUGUAAAAUAAUUUAUUAACUCUUAAUGUUUAUUUCAUAAUGGAAUAUAGUAUUUAAGUGCCAAAUCUAUGAUUGAAAGUUUGUCACUUACAAGAUCUUACUUAAAAUAACAAGUCAUUAAUAAAAACAUAUCAUAUU